AUGAAAUACGGUGCGUCAGCGUUUAUACCUGUGUGCGUGGAGAACGGAGAAGUUUGUCUACUGUACACGAUGCGGACGCACAAUUUUAACCGCUUCAGUUGCCAGGUAACAUUCCCAGGCGGCAAUCUCGAGAAGGACGAAAACGUAUUCGCUUCACUGAUACGUGAAUUAGAGGAUAAUUUAGGCGUUCAGCCUAAAGAUUUAAAAGUUUGGACCAAGAUGGGUCAAGUUCAGCUUCGCAAAACUAAUGUUGUAGUCACACCCGUUGUUGGCGAGAUUCUGAACUUCGACAUCAAUAAUCUGGUGAUAAAUGAAGACGAAGUAGACGAGGUAUUUACUAUUCCUAUGCAAGUGUUCUGCGACAGGAACAAUCAUGGCAGCCUGAGGCACAACGGUGUUCUGGUGCCAGUGUACAGCGGCGGCAAACACAAAGUGUGGGGCAUCACGGCGACGAUCACACAUCGCUUCCUAUAUACCUUUUUACCUAAAGAGUUGUACAACAUUGGUUUUUUCAGAAAACAGUAUACCAUAAAUGAAUUAGUCGAGUUAUAA